AUGGGGAUGUGUCCUGCCAUGCACCCCUAUCUGCUAAUUUCACUUAUUGCCCUGAUGAGGGCCAGUAUCGUCAGCGCUGCCUUCUCAGCCGAUGCAGUGGUCUUCGGCGACACCGUCGGCAACUUGACUCUGUUCGAGAUGUCCGACUGUAUCCGGUCUCGGUGUGAUUUCUUUGGCUUCAUAUGCUUCGCUCUGGAUGUUAUCGGGUCCUUUAAAAUUCCCAGCUGGGUGGGGUUUGGAUGGGUGUCCGAGAAGUUAAUCUACACUAUUAGCGUGUUUCUAUUCCGCUCGCUGUUUGAAUAG